AAUGCUCCCACCAAUUCACUUGAUUCCUUUGUGGGCAGGGCUGCCUAGGAGAUGACUUGGCUCCCAAGCAUACAGCAGCCGCACAUGUGAUUCAUCCUUCGCCUCCUGGAAGCACUACAGAGGUUCAGCAGUAGAGAAGAGCCGAGGCAGCUCUACCAUGACAUGCCAAGGAGGAGCCAGGAGGUGGGAGCUCUCAAAGCCUUUGCAAAGGCCCCUCCCUGAGAAAUGAGGCAUUCAUUCCAACCAAAAGGAGUGGCAAACAACCUCCAUGCACUGUGUGCCCACACCACUUUCAGAGCAUAAUCCAGGUGCUAAGAACAAGCUCUGUGAAUGAGAAAGAGCAGCAGUAGAGCAGACAAGGGCCAGCUUCCCCCUUUGAAGCAGAGGCCUGAACCCAGGAGCCUCUUGUACUAGGAACCCUCUUCUGCCAUCUACCCCCACAGCAGUCACUGCACAAAACAACAUUGCCCUGUGCAGCCACUGCAGAAAGAGGAAGGGGCUCAUUGAGAGAGAGAGAGAGAGACACACACACACACACACACACCCCAUCAUCCAAAGAGGCCUUGAAGAGUCCACAUCUCUGCAGCACAGCUGGGGAAGAGCUGCGGGCAAUUCCUCCCUUUCACACUCAUUGAAGAAAAGCCACCCUGCAUCCUUAUUCAGUAUGGGUUAAGAACUGCACAUGAUGUAAAAAACAGACCACUCAGAGACUCUCGGCAAAAAUCCAGGCGGAGGAGCAGACAGCCCAGCAAGCACGAAGCUCCCCCGAAAGGAGCUGCGCGGUUGCAGGCGGGGGCCGCCAACCUUUGGCGGAAAGUCACCACCCUCGAGCCCUUGCAAGGGAUCCUGGUGGGCAAGAGAAGUCUCGGGCUGCUGGGCUCGGCCGCCAGGAGGAGCCUCUCCAGACGCCCGUCCCUCUUGCUCGCAUUCGUCCUGCAGGAGGACAGCAGAGAGUCCAGGAGCACCUUUCAGACGGAGCCACCGGACUGUAGCGGAAGCUUUCGAGAAGCACAGCGCUCUUCGUCAGAUGCAGGGAGGAGCUGCCGAGUGGCAGUUGGACCAGCCAGCGUGGAUUGGCCGGAUGCGCAUCACCUCCCAGGGGAAGGUGGCUUACGUUAAGCUGGAAGACAAGACCUCAGGAGAACUUUUUGCUCAAGCCCCCGUGGACCAGUUUCCUGGCCUUGCUGUGGAGAGCGUGACAGACUCCAGCAGGUACUUCGUCAUCCGGAUCGAGGAUGGAAACGGGCGCCGGGCAUUCAUUGGCCUUGGCUUUGUGGACCGUGGCGAUGCUUUUGACUUCAAUGUUGCACUCCAAGACCAUUUUAAGUGGGUGAAACAGCAGAGUGAGCUGGCAACGCAGGCCCUGAAUCCAGACCAGGGGCCCAAAUUGGACCUGGGCUUUAAAGAAGGCCAGACCAUCAAGCUGCACAUUGCGAACAUGAAGAAGAAGGAGGGGCCAUUGGGGAGCAAAUCUCGCACCGUGCACUCGGGGGGUCCCGGCCUGAUUCCACCCCCUCCAGGUGGAAAAGUGUCCCAUGUCCCUCCACCAGAGGACCAGGCGCCGUCCCAUCUGAGGCGGUCCCCAGCAGGCGCCACAGAAGCAGCAGAGGCCCCUGUGGCUUGGCCCCAGCACCGGACCCCUACAGCUGAAGCUGCUCCUGACCUCUGGGGAGACUUCACUCGAGCACCUGGGUCUGCUUCUGGCCAAGCUCUGCAGCAGAGCACAGGAUGGGUCCAGUUCUAAGCCAAGGCAGGCUUCGCUUUCUCUCACACAAGGGUGUUGCACCAAAGGCAAAGAGGGAUUUGCUCCAGGCCCGUUCCGAGGACCCUGUUCCGGUCGUGUUUCAGCAUUUGCCUUGAGCGUGUGGGGGAGGAAGUGGGCCGUGGUGAUGCGAACCCCGCCCCCUUCCCUGCUUCAAGUGCAUUCGGAGCACUUGGUGGCGGGGCGGGGCGGGGGGGGGUGGUGGAAUGCUUUCCCACUGCUUAUAAUUGUGAUUCUUUGCUCAAAUCACAGUGGAUUGAUUCAAAAGGACUUAAAAACACAGGAACGGAUGAGGAGGGCUAGUUUUUGUUGUGCAUUCUGGCAACCUCUGUGUGUCUCAGGUAAAGCUUAGCCGCCCUCAUCCCCUUCUCCCUCCGGAAGAAAAGAGUCAUGAAGGGAGAGCAGAGGAGCCCUUCGGGAGGAUGGAGAGUGGAGUCUCAAAAGCCUCUUUGGCCAAGCGCAUGUUGCAUGCCGGCAGAUGGAGAACAGCUGUGCUGGUGGCAACGUUCCUCAUGGGGAGGCACAGGAUAGGAUGCGCUCAUUUUAUGAUACUAUUAGAUUCACUCCCCGCCCCCGCCCCCCCAGCACUGAGGGAUUCUGCAGUGUAGCCUGACCUGCGUUUGAAAGGGCCUCUUUCCGCUCGGAUUGGAGCCACUGAAGUGACUUCUUCCUCUGCAGCAUCCUUUGCUCCUCGCUUCUUCCAAAGCAGGUUUGUGCAACAGUCUGAAACCAGCUCACCCUGCAACCCCCCCCCCCCCCCCGGAGAUUUCUGAUGGACUUGCAGUUUCCAGGAUUUCCUCUGAACUGGAAGGGGGGAGUGGGGAGGGGGGAGUCUGUAGUUUAAGCCGGUUUUCACUUGCCUAAUGGAGUAGAGGGGCUGGGUGGGGCUUGUUUUGUGACCACAUUGUCACUGCUGGACUGGAUGGUCCCCUUGUGCUGCAUUGUGUUGUGAAGAGCCUUCCUUGCACAAAGGCUUUAAGCAAAUGCCUCUUGGGGUGAAGAAACUCAACAUUCCUUAUUCUGACUAAAAAAAAAAAAAGUUUUAUUUUUUUACUUUUCCUGGUUUGGUGGUCUUGUUGCAGGUCAGAGGCCUGUGAAGUUUCUAUGUCCUGAAGAAUAGACUGGUUCUUGGGCUUGUGUUUAGCAAUUGUACUUGAAGUCUUUUAAAUAUAAACCUACAUAUAUAACCUAUUUAUAUUGAAGCGAAGGCCUUUAUCAAAAAAAAUUCUAUUUUGCAGUUCUGCAGAGUAUUUUAUGUUUUAAUUAUGACUCAAUUAAAAAAAACUAU